AUGGCGUCCACUUCUACCACUUCUGAAGAAAUCGUACCUCCAUCUGCAUCUACUUCUAAAGAAAAGGUGCCGUGUGACAUAUUUAUUAAUCAUCAUGAACCAGAUGCCAAAGACGCAGUUGCCCUGGCUAUCUACAAUGCCCUCCGUGCCAGGGGUUUCAAGGUUUUCCUUGAUCUAAAGGACCUUCAAUCGGAAGAAUUCUUUCCUGUAGAAUUGAAAGAAGCAAUUCGUAGUGCAUCCCUUCAUGUAGCAGUUUUCUCUCCCACAUAUGCAAAAUCGCCAAGGUGCCUUGACGAGCUAUCCUUUAUGCUCGAAUCUCGCAAACCUAUUAUUCCUGUCUUCUACUCUGUUCAACCAACCGAUCUACGAUGGGUGGCUCAAGGUAAAGGAAUGUAUGUGAACGCUUUCUCUGAGUAUGAAGAACACCUCUCAGAAAAGCUCCAGGAGUGGAAGACACCACUCCACAAGGUCUCAUUUUAUAUGGGAGAAAUUAUCUAUAUCAAUGAGUAA